UCUUUCCAGUUUUCCUGUACUGUUCAAGAGCAACUAGUGGGAAAAAGAGAGUGAGCUUUUAGCCGAAAAAUAAACUCUUUUUUUAUGUCCAUGCAUUGUUAAUUUGUUGCUGAUAAUAUGUUGAUUUAAUCAAUCUUAAUAGAUUGUAGUUUUAUCAUAUCACCGUUAUGCAAUUAUUGAUCAGCUGUAAUGGAAACAUCUUUACUAGACUAGACUAGACAAAGUCUUCUAAGGGAUUAACUGGUCACUGUGCACUUGUUAACCUUGUGAAAUUGGUUUAAGGUUGUUGUCUUAAACCCUUUGGUUUUUGUGCUUUUAUUUUUUUGUGUAACUGUUCCAAAAUUGUGAUUUAUUUUAUAUUUUUUGAAUGAAAUGGCUGAAGAAAGAAAACUUUUAAAGUCAGAAUGUGGAUCAGAAUAUGGUUCAUUCAGCCAAUCUGCUAAUUUGAGCGGCCCUGAACCAUGUGGUCCUUCCAUUCCUAAAAAGUCCCAUUCUGUCAAGUCGAAAUCUCCAAGUGUAUCUAUUUUAGGAUUGUUUAAAUAUGGAACCCAACUGGAUUGGUUUUUAAUCGUUAUUGGUACGAUUGGAGCUAUAGCUAAUGGCUUUGCGCGUCCGAUGAUGGCAAUAGUUUUUGGUCGCAUGACCGACUCAUUUCUAGAUAUUGAUACAAUGGAUAAAGAUCAAAGCCUUGUGAAUCAUGCUAAUCAUUCAGUUGAUGAGCACCAUAUUAAUUUGAAACCUAAUUUUAUGACCGUUGAUACAGCAAACACUGGAAUUUAUACCGCAAUGUAUUCAUAUUCCCUUUACUAUAUUUAUUUUGGUUUUCUUGUUAUAGUAGCCUCUGUGCUUCAGGUUAUAUGCUUCCAAUGGACAUGUGAAAGGCAGGUUCAUACAAUUCGUCGUCGAUUCUUCAAUCAAGUUCUAAGGCAAGAUAUAAGUUGGUUCGAUGCUCACAAGUCAGGGGAAUUCACUUCAAAGCUCAAUGAUGAUAUUGAACGCAUACGUGAUGGUAUUGGCUAUAAAUGUGGUUUAUUCAUUCAAUCUUUGGCAACCUUUUUUGGUGGUUUCGUGAUUGGUUUUGUUGAAGCUUGGCAAUUAACAUUGAUUAUUGUAUUUCUUGCCCCUUUUUUGAUCAUUACAACUUCAUAUAAAGGAGUGUAUAUGACCAGAGCAACUAUACGAGAACAAGAAAACUAUGCAAAAGUAUCGGCUGUCGCUGAGGAAGUGUUCGCUAGUGUAAGGACAGUUCUAGCUCUUUGUGGUCAAUUUUACGAGAUUCAAAGGUACCAGAGUUUACUUGAAGAGGCUAAAAAGUUAAUCAGAAAAAAGUAUUUUGUGUUUGGUGCUGUUAUUGGUUUGGAUUUUCUGAUUCUUUACUCGGCUUAUGGUAUUGCUUAUUGGUUUGGAGCCAAUUUGGUUUUACAAGGUACGAUUACUCCAGGAUCAAUUUUCAUUAUAUUUUUAGCUGUGAUCCUUGGUUCAUUAUCACUGGGAAAUGCAAUGCCUUCAUUAACUGACAUUGCUGCAGCUAAGGGAUCGGCAGCCAAUAUCUAUUCAAUAAUAGAACGAGUUCCUGAAAUUGACUGUUACUCCGAAAAAGGUCAAGUGCUGAAAGGACCAAUCGAAGAGAUACGCUUUGAGAAUGUCAAUUUCUUCUAUCCGAGCCGAGAAACAGUUCAAGUUUUAUACAAUUUUACACUCGACAUUAAAAAAAGUGAAAGUAUCGCGUUAUGUGGUGAAAGCGGCUCUGGUAAAUCAACCAUUGUAGCCUUACUUCAAAGAUUUUAUGACCCAACAAGUGGAAGGAUUACCGUGAACGGUGUUGACAUUCGUGAACUGAAUUUGAAUUGGUGGCGAUCACAAAUUGGAAUUGUCAGUCAAGAAGCAGUCCUGUUUAGUGGAACUAUUCGUGAUAAUAUUUCCUUAGGCGCUCCUAAUGCUUCUUUCGAUGAAAUCGUUAGAGCUGCCAAAAAAGCAAAUGCUCAUACUUUUAUUAAAUCACUUCCAGCUGGUUAUGAUACAUUGGUUGGUGAAAGAGGAGCUCAAUUAUCUGGUGGACAGAAACAACGAAUCGCAAUUGCAAGAGCAGUUAUUGGCGAUCCUAAAUUACUUUUACUUGAUGAAGCUACAUCAGCAUUGGAUACAGUAAAUGAGCAAGUUGUACAAAAAGCCCUUGAUAAAGCUCGUAAAGGAAGAAUCACAUUGAUUGUUGCUCACAGAUUAUCAACAAUUAAAGAUGCAAAUUUAAUUUGUGCCAUGGAGUCUGGUAAAAUAGUAGAAUCGGGAAAACACAAUGAAUUGUUAGAGAAGAAAGGAUUGUACCAUACACUAAUCAAUAAGCAAACCUUUGGAAGUGAAAAUGAAAAAGGCCAAGAAACUGAAGCAAGUUCGAGUCUAUCGAAAGCCCUGUCUCUCUCAGAUGUUUCCAACUCAACAAUGACAAACACUGGGCAAACCAAAGAGUGCCAAGUUAAUGGUGAAGACGUUAUACUUCCUUCCACUUGGAAAAUACUUAAAUGGUGCCAACAGGAUAUUUGCAUGGUAUCAUGUUUAGUGAUAGCUGCGUCUCUAUUAGGUGUUGUCAUGCCUCUAUUUGCUGUCUUUUUUGCUAGUGUCUAUGAAUCUUUUUCAUUGCCACCGAAAGAAAUGCUUUCUUCUGCCUUCUUCUGGAGUAUGAUGUUUUUUGUCCUUGCUGGUCUUACAUUUAUAUGUCACUUCGUCAGGGCUGUAACAUCAGGAAUCGCUGGUGAAAAUAUGACCCGUCGACUCAGAGUUGCAGCUUACACAUCAAUCCUUAGUCAAGAUAUGUCAUGGCACGAUGAAGAAGUUCAUGCUCCUGCUCGAUUAUCCACAAAAUUGGCACGAGAUGCUCCAAUGAUUCGAGCCGCUGCAGGGACAAGAAUAGGAAUAGUCAUUUCUGCUAUUGUAACAAUGGUUACUGGUAUGGCAAUCGCUUAUUAUUAUGGAUGGAUUUUAGCUUUAGCGUUAACUGCGAUGGUCCCUCUUCUUCUGUUGGCUGGAAAAUUGGAAAUGAGUAUCAGUAAAGGUGACCAAGCUCAAGAAGCUGAAGAGAUUGAGCUUGCUGGAAGAAUAGCCACUGAAGCAGUUGAAAAUGUCAGAACGGUUCAGUCUUUAACUCGAGAGCAUACAUUUUAUGAAAGAUAUUCCGAACGAUUAGAACUUCCUACAAGGAAAAGCCGAAGACAAGCAAUUUAUUAUAGCUUUUCUUAUGCGUUCACUCAAAGUCUUACUUUCUUUGUUUAUGGAGCUGGUUUUUGUUUUGGUGCUUAUUUGGUUAGCACCAAUACAAUGACACCAACAGAUGUUUACAGAGUAUUUUUUUCAAUUACUAUGUCUGCUAUUAUGGUUGGUCAGUUAACCUCAAUUCUUCCCGAUUAUGUCCAAGCUAAACUCUCUGCUGCAUUGGUUUUCAAAAUCAUUGAAAGUCGAUCACCCAUUGAUAAUUUGUCUCAAGAAGGUCUGCGACCGGAAAUAAAAGGAAAGCUUUCUAUUGAUGAUGUUUACUUCAGUUAUCCAACACGAAAGACUUCAUCAAUUUUAAAUGGAUUAAAGAUUGACGUUGAAGCCGGUAAAACAUUGGCCUUGGUUGGUGAAAGUGGAUGCGGUAAAAGUACUGUGAUUUCAUUGAUUAUGAGAUAUUACAAUCCAGAGUCAGGUGCAAUUAAAGUUGACGACUACGAUAUUCGAGAUCUUAAUUUAAUUCAUCUGCGAAGUAGAAUUGGUUAUGUUGGUCAAGAACCAGUUCUUUUCAGUGGCACAAUCGAGUACAACAUUACUUAUGGACUUAACCGAACUCCUAGUCAAGAUGAAAUUUUUGAAGCUGCACAACAAGCCAAUAUCCACAGUUUCAUCGUUAACUUGCCUAAUCAAUAUGAUACACUAGUUGGUGAAAGAGGUAUGCAAUUGAGUGGAGGUCAAAAACAACGAAUCGCCAUUGCUCGAGCAUUAAUUAGGCGACCGGCAAUUCUAUUGUUGGACGAAGCAACUUCAGCUUUAGACACUGUCAAUGAGAGUUUGGUACAAGAAGCCCUUGAUCGUGCCAAAGGAGGAAGAACUUGUAUUAUCAUUGCUCAUCGAUUGUCAACUAUCAGGAAUGCAGAUAAAAUAGCAGUUAUUGAAAAAGGCCGAGUUGUGGAAAUUGGAACUCAUGAUGAGUUGAUGGAAAAUAAAGGAUCCUAUUUCGCCUUAACUGAAAGACAAAGGAUUAAAGGCUCAUCAGAUAUAAUUGCCAGUUGUUUAUAUUUUUUGAAUGAAAUGGCUGAAGAAAGAAAACUUUUAAAGUCAGAAUGUGGAUCAGAAUAUGGUUCAUUCAGCCAAUCUGCUAUUUUAAGCGGUCGUGAACCAAGUGGUUCUUCCAUUCCUAUUGAACGAUCUGCAAAGUCGGAAUUUCCAAGUGUAUCUAUAUUAGGAUUGUUUAAAUAUGGAACCCAACUCGAUUGGUUAUUAAUUGUUCUCGGCACCAUUGGUGCCAUGCUUAGUGGUUUUGCAAGGCCAUUGAUGGCAAUAGUUUUUGGUCGUAUGACCGAUUCAUUUCUUGAAUAUGAUGCAGCUGAACAGGAUUUCAAAAAAUCAUCAAAAGUUUCAGCUGAUUCAACUUUCAAUGGAUUUUAUGGACAAAUUAUGUAUGAAUAUUCCGUUUAUUAUAUUUAUUUUGGAUUAUUGGUCAUAGUUUCAUCCAUGCUUCAGUAUUUAUGUUGGCAAUACACAUGUGAAAGACAGAUUCAUAAAAUCAAGAAGCUUUUCUUGAAGCAAGUUCUUCGUCAAGAUAUUGGUUGGUUUGACGCCCAUAAAUCUGGUGAAUUCACAUCAAAAUUGAAUGAUGAUAUUGAGCGUAUUCGAGAUGGAAUUGGAAACAAAUUGAGUCUCUAUUUAGUGUCAAUAUCUGGUUUUAUUGGUGGAUACAUUAUUGGGUUCAUUGAAAGUUGGCAAUUAACGCUUGUUCUUGUGGUUAUUGCUCCUGUCCUCCUAUUUUCAACUUAUUAUAAGUGGACUUAUUUUCAUAAAUCAACAUCACAAGAGCAAGAGGAAUACGCAUCGAUUGCAGCCAUUGCAGAAGAGAUAUUAUCCAGCCUAAAAACAGUAUGGUCACUAUGUGGUCAAAGAUAUGAAAUUGAAAGGUACAAACAAAUGCUAGACGAUGCAAGUAAAUCGUUGGCACGCAAAUAUUUUAUUUCUGGACUUACAUUCGGAUUGGAUAAUGUGAUUUUAUACGUUUCCUAUGCGAUUGCAUAUUGGUAUGGAGCAAAUCUUGUUAUAAAUGGAUCGAUUACCGCUGGUUCAAUUUUCAUCAUAUUUUUGUCGGUAAUCAUGGGAUCAAUGUUACUCGGAAAUGCAAUGCCCAAUCUGAAUGAUGUAGCUACCGCGAAAGGAUCUGCUGGAACAAUUUAUGGAGUCAUUGAAAGAAAUCCAUUAAUCGACGCCUACUCCGAAUCUGGUAUAGUUCUAGAAGAACCGAUUAGCGAAAUUAAAUUCGAACAAGUAAAUUUCUUCUAUCCAACGAGACCCAAUAUCCAAGUAUUAUUCAACUUCAACCUUACGAUGAAAGCUGGAGAAAGUGUGGCCUUAUGUGGUGGCAGUGGUUCUGGUAAAUCAACCAUUGUAGCUUUACUUCAAAGAUUCUAUGACCCAACAAGUGGAAGGAUUACUGUAAAUGGCGUUGACAUUCGCAAUCUAAAUUUACAUUGGUGGAGAUCUCAAAUUGGAAUAGUCAGCCAAGAAGCAAUCCUGUUUAGUGGAAGCAUUCGUGAUAAUAUUGCUCUAGGAGAUACUAAUCCUUCAACUGGUGCUUUCGAUGAGAUCGUUAGAUCUGCCAAAAAAGCAAAUGCUCAUGCUUUCAUUAAAUCACUUCCAGCUGGUUAUGAUACAUUGGUUGGUGAAAGAGGAGCUCAAUUAUCUGGUGGACAGAAACAACGAAUUGCUAUUGCAAGAGCAAUCAUUGCAAAUCCAAAACUACUUUUACUGGAUGAAGCUACAUCAGCAUUGGAUACAGUGAAUGAGCAAGUUGUACAAAAAGCUCUUGAUAAAGCUCGUAAAGGAAGAAUCACAUUGAUUGUUGCUCACAGAUUAUCAACAAUUGUUGAUGCAAAUUUAAUUUGUGCCAUGGAGUCUGGUAAAAUAGUAGAGUCGGGAAAACACAAUGAAUUGUUAGAGAAAAAAGGAUUGUACCAUUCUUUAAUCAGUAAUCAAACAUUCAAACAAGAUCAAGAACCUCAACCAUUACAUUUAGCUGAUUUGCCUGUUGCAUCCAUGAUUCCACCUGGAUCUCGAAAGUCACUGGAACUCGGUUCAGUUUCAUCGGGAACUUUCCUCUCUUAUGGUAAAGCCAAAGUGACAGAGGUUGACGGAGAGAUUGUUGAACUGCCACCAGCUUCCAAAAUAUUGAAAUGGUGUUGGUAUAAAUGGGAUAAACUGUUACUCUUAGGUUAUAUCGUCGCUGCUUCUGCUCUUGGACUUGUCAUGCCAUUAUUUUCAGUUAUUUUUGCCAGUGUUGCUGAAUCUUUCGAUCAAGAGCCAGCAAAAGUUUUAGCGUCCGCUCAUUUCUGGGCAGGCAUGUUUCUCGUUCUUGCCGGUCUCAAUUUCCUUGCUCACUUUUUCAGGAUCGUUUGCUCGGACAAUUUAGCUGAGCAUGUUGUACGUCGAUUGCGAGUAUCUGCAUAUGAAAAUGUUUUACGACAGGACCAAAGUUGGCAUGAUCAAGAAACUCACGCUCCUGCUCGUAUAUCAAGCAAACUUGCUCGUGAUGCUCCAAUGAUCAGAGCUGCUGCCGGUCAGCGAUCUGGUCUUCUCCUUUGCUGUCUUGUCACAGUGUUUGCUGGUCUUGCCAUAUCCUUUUAUUAUGGAUGGAUUCUGGCCUUAGCCUUAUCUUGUAUGCUUCCAUUGCUUUUAUUUGCCGCUCGACUAGAGUUCCGUGUUAACAAAGGUCGUAAUAUAAAACAAGCUGAUGAAAUGGCUGAUGCUGGUCGAAUAGCAACUGAAGCCAUCGCCAAUGUUCGUACUGUUCAAUCACUUGGCAAAGAAAAGUAUUUCUGUCAAAAGUUUAACACCAUUCUUGAUGCUUGUGUAGCGAAAAACAAGAAAACGGCAAUUGUAAGCAGUUUUGUCUAUGCCUUUACUCAAAGUUUAUCAUUUUUCGUAUAUGCUGGAGGAUUUUGUCUUGGAGCUUACUUGGUCAGUGUGAAUUUAAGUGCUCCAGCUGAUAUUUAUAAAGUCUUCUUUGCAAUGACAAUGUGUGCAGCAUAUGUUGGUGUGCUAACAACUGUUUAUCCAGAUUAUACACAAGCCUCAUUAUCAGCUGGACUGGUUUUCCAAUUGAUUGAAUCUCGUUCAAAUAUCGAUAAUCUCUCAGAAGAAGGAUUAAGACCUAAAAUUCUUGGCAACAUUAGUGUUACUGAUGUAUACUUUAGUUAUCCUACACGAAAAAGUAUUUCUGUUUUAGCUGGAUUAACCGUUAACGUCAAAGCUGGACAAACUCUGGCUCUUGUUGGUGAAAGCGGUUGCGGUAAAAGUACAUUAAUACAAAUUUUAAUGCGUUUCUAUGAUCCUGAUUCUGGUUUAAUUGAGGUUGAUGGUAUUGAUAUAAGAGAUAUCAAUAUAACUCAUUUACGAAGUCACAUUGGUUUUGUUGGACAAGAACCGGUACUUUUUAGCGGGACAAUAGCGUAUAAUAUAACUUAUGGACUAGAAAGUCAUAUUGAGCAUAGCGAAAUUGAAGCUGCUGCCAAGAAGGCCAAAAUUCAUGAUUUCAUUAAAUCUCUUCCCUUGAAAUAUGAAACAAUGGUUGGCGAAAGAGGAAUGCUACUAAGUGGAGGCCAAAAACAACGAAUUGCCAUUGCAAGAGCUUUAGUUCGUAAGCCUAAUAUUUUACUUCUAGAUGAAGCAACCUCUGCAUUAGAUUCGGUUAAUGAAAAGCUUGUUCAAGAAGCUUUGGAUGAAGCUAAAAAAGGACUAACCUGUAUCGUUGUUGCUCAUCGGCUGUCAACAAUUCGAAAUGCUGAUCAAAUUGCGGUUGUUGAAAAUGGAAGGAUUGCUGAGAUCGGAACUCACGACGAAUUAGUCGCAAAUAAAGGACCAUAUUUACGAUUAAUUGAAAGACAACAAUUCUCAGGAGAAGCUGAAUCAUCCAAAGAUCUUUAAAGUUACAUAAAUAGAUACUCAAGUUUAAUCUUGCAAAUUUUUCAUAAAUUGUUCAAAGCAAAUCAAGUUUCUACUUAUUCAAAAAUUACAUAUGAAUUUAUAUUUCGUCAAUAAACUGAAUUUUUUCACAAAAA